AUGUCGAAACAGCCGAGCCCAACACAUGCAUCCUUCUCUGAGACCGUAGCCAUGGCUGUCACGGAAUUGCUGCGAUGGCUCAAUGAUUGGCUUGACGAUUUUCCGACCGGGAAUAUUCUCACAGAAGAUGCAUACAACUCUGCCAAUGAGUCCGGCUUUGCAUUCACUACCAGCGUUAGUAGCAACGGCGGUGGUGGAUUAAGCCUUGGUCUUCCUCCGACAUUCGUUCCCACCAUCUCCACCUCAACCGGUGAGUAUGAGACUGCGGGCGCCAAGAACAGGACAGGAGCCCUCGAGUGUCCACCAACCAGUUCACAAGACGCGUACAUUUUGGACUUGAUCGCGAAAGCGGCCGCCAUUCACCUCCACAUAUCCGAAACACGGUUCGCCCAGCCUCCGAACUGA